GUCGCGCUUUUUCUUUAACUCUGUAGUUACUGUACUUCUCUGAGCAUAAGUGCACUGUGCAAUUGCAUGCAGCAUUCUCUCGAUAUUGUACGAUUAGUAGUUCAUAGACGAGUCUGUUUUGAGUACGUGUGCUUAUUGAUAAGGCCAAAAGCUUGCACACCUCUUCAGAAGUGUAGCAGUAAUGGAGGACAAUGUUUCAACAAGAAUAGUAACUUCCAAUGCAAUGCUACCGUCUACCAUGAAGGCUGCAGUGAGUUGUACUGUGGUUGCUGCAUUCCCAAUGUUACUGUCUGCAUUGAAAAGCCCCAGUGUGACGCUGCUCAUGGCAUGUGCAUGAAACCCACAGCCUGGAGUACUUGUAACGGUGCAAUUGACAGCUCUGCCUGCUAUGGCACAAACUGCGCUUGUUGCAAGCCAGGAGCUUGUACACCAAAACCUAUCUGUUCGAUCAAUGAAGGCUACUGCUUUGACACCACAAGUAAUCACACUUCCUGCGGAAACUGUCUAUGCCGAUGGGUGUGA